UUUUCUCAAGAAAAAAAAAACAUAUUCUCAAAAAAAAAAAAAAAAAGGCACCUCGACCGGGAUUUUCUUCUUUCGUACUAGAGCUUCGAUCUCCAAGAAGACAAAACAGACCCAUAUUACUGUCGUCAUUAGUAAGGAAGGAAACUCAGGUGCCCUGAAGCUUUCCAAAGCUCAAAAGCCCAGAACUCGUUAAUCUCUGAAAGACAUGAAGAACACAACUUCAACGAACCUAUUUAUUUCGAUCCUUUUCCUGUUAUUGUUUUCCUCCUCUGCCCAGAAAAACCAGGAUUCUGAAAUUUUUGCAGCUUCAAGAACGCUUCGACAAGAAGAAGAGCAUGCUCAUGAAGUACAUUGUUCAAGAGAAAGAAGUAGGGCGGCAUGGAAAAUUAACGAGCAGUAUUUGAUGUCAUUUGUGGAAAAAGAACGCUAUGAGAUCUCAAGUAAGUGUCGCCUUCAUCCUGAUAAUGAUCUAUUUAGGGAUCAGGAACGGCACAAGAUUCAUUUGGAUAUAAAUGAAUGGCAGUGUGGAUACUGUAAGAAGAGCUUCCGUGCUGAAAAGUUUCUUGAUCAGCAUUUUGACAACAGACACUACAAUCUUCUGAAUGUAAGCGGAAGCAAGUGCUUAGCUGAUCUAUGCGGAGCUUUGCAUUGUGAUGCUGUAAUGAAUACCCAGUCAAGCAAAAAAAAAUGCAAUCCUGCAGCUACUGCAAGGAAUCACCACCUAUGUGAGGGUCUUGAUAAUAGCUGUUUUCCUACCAACCAGGGUCCCUCAGCACGCCGUCUUAAUGAAUUGUUUUUGCACCAGUUCUGUCAUUCUCACACUUGCUCGGGGAAGCAGAAACCCUUUUCUAGAGGAGGACAGAAGCAAGUACAUGUGUUCUACCUGGCUAUUUCCAUACUGACUCUGAUGCUGCUCCCUAUUUUCUAUGUGAUACUUUAUUUGCACCAAAGAGAGAUGAGAACUGGUACCCAAGAGCUCAGGCGCAUCCAGAAAGUCGGGCAGAAGAAGAAACCCUCAUAGUUGGAUAUCAGAGUUGAUUAAUUGAGCAGAUCAAGGAUUGCAUGCCCAAACUUCCUCUCGAACACAUUUCGUUGUAAAUCUGCAUGUUGACACGCAUAGGAGUAUGUGGCACCAGAAUGCUGCAACAGAGAACAGAUUCUAGAUCAGCAUUUUAGAAGCUCGAGAUCUGACCCCUCCCUUAAUAAAGCCUCUGGUGGUUGAUGAGAAUAGAAUUAGGUUUAGAUAGUUGUCUUCGUUAAACCUAUUACUUGACAUUUAGAGGUGGUUGUAAUCCACUGUUAAAACUUUGCUCUCAUUCUUCCUCGUGUACCUUCAGAGGCAUAUUUGACUCGAGGGCUUACUGCAAGUGGUACAAUGACUCUUACUCAUAAGAGAAGUACUUUGUUUCUGGUUUUGUGGUUCAACUUGGUUAUCUUGCUUAUGAACUUGUAUUA